UACUUGGCGCACUUGCUUACGAUUUUGAUGGAUCUGGAGUAGUGUUGCCCGACAAUGCUCGGCCGAUGCGCGUCACAGAGGAGAAUGAGAACGGCAGAGAGUAUUGGGAGUCAUUGUGGGAGCUCUGUGAGGGCUAUCGGGAAUUACAUGCUGCAGAGCCCCCUUUGGAGAGAAGGGCCUUGUCCUGGUCCAGAUGCAUUGCAUUCGCGCAAGUCAUGCUUGGAGCCUGUGGUGAGCCUGUCCAUAGGGGUCAGGCAGAUGACCCGCUCGUGAUUUGGGUGUUGGGGACAAGUGAUGAGGUGGAGGGGGCGCUGGCUGCCAAUGGCUACUUCCGUGAUGCAUCUUGGCUUGAUCGUGCCGCAACCCAGAUAGUGCUCUUGGGGACUUCUCUGCAGCAGAUGCCGGGUCAUGGCAGCGGGGAGGCGUGCUCAGUGCAAGUCACCAGCUAUGACAACGUCAAGGACGUGUCCCCACCGCACUUCGCCAUGGUCUUUAUGCCAGAUCGUGAUCACCUUGCCUUCGAACCAGGUGACGGCCUCCAGGCUGGGCGCAGCGCCAUCCCGCGGGAGGUGCUGGCGCUCCUUGUGGGCGUGCCCAUCGUGGUGUCCACUUGCUUCAAGCUGCCUGCGAGAGAGAGAUCCCUCGAGAGCCUGGGCAGCCUGCUGCUCUUGCGGGAAACCACCUGUCCUUUCUCCUCAUCAGCAGGGGAUCCCCACGCCCAGUUCUCCGAGAACGGCUGGAUAUUUGCCGUCCGCGGUCCUGACGCGUUGGACUUCGCCAUGAAUCUGGACUCUCAGAUCCAGAAGCCUCUUCCACUGCCAGAAGACCAGCGUUUGCCUGCAUUGUUCUGGGGCAUUUUGGACCUGAAGUACGACAGCUCCAAGCCGAUUCUCGAGCGCGUGAGGGUGCUGGAGACGGGCGACGGGCGCAUCUCCAAGUUCUCGGGGGAUGGUGCGGCCAUCCAAGAGCUGAUGAAGAGUAGGUACAUGCCGAAGGAGAGCUCUGUGGUGCGUAAGUUCCACCUGAUCUCCGCAGACAAGAAGCUGACGCACGAUUUGAUGGACCUGGCUGGAUACACUCACAUCGUGCCCGGCCAGGCCUGCUACCCGCGGCACUACCACGCGGACCUGGCUGAGCAAAUCGCGUUGGAUUUGGAGCUGCAGGAGGACGACAAGGUGGUCUUGAAGUUGUGCAACCGCUCUCGAGCAGCUGGAGUCAUAGUUGCACCGCUGGACGAACUGGAUGAGGUGUUGGAGGAGAUCUUGGUCUCUCCGCCGAAGAUGGAGGUUUGGCUAGAUGAACGCACGCAGCAGCAGGUGCAAGUGGGGCAGUUCGGCUUCACGUGGGGCUGCUUUGAAGAGCAGAAGCGGCACUGGUGGGCCAAUGAAUGCCCCUGCUUUGUGGCCGAGCGAUGGUGCACCUCGACUCCGGUUCUCAAAGAAGGUAAGCUGUUUGAUGGAACGAUGCGUGUCGGCUUUGUCUUGCUGCACAAGAAGGAAGUGUCGAAGGGAGUGGACCAGAAGCCCAACUCAGCCGAUGGGCCCAACGGAGGAGGCGCUUCCGACGUGCCGAUCCAGCCGGAGGAGCUGGCAGUGCACUGGCUGGGCGGCUACUGGAAGCUCCCGAAGCAGGACAUGGGUUCCACGGAGCUGCGGGAUCGCGUGGUCAGUGCAGCCAGAACUUCCGGGACUGCGCCUGUGAGGUCUUCUCUGCUGGCUGAGAUCUACGCAGCUCUGGGUGAUUCGGUGCAACAGCUCUUUGGAGGAGUAGAGCCCAGCACCAAAAUGCUUGCAGAGCACUACAAGCAGCAGCCAGAGAUUGCGGCGUAUCUCACUGCGCGCUUUGCCCUGAGCAAUCGCGAGCAGAGCCGCAUGAAGAAGAUGCUCUACGACGCGCAGGUGCUGGCCAACAAGCUGCCCGAAGCACGUGGGAAGCACUUCACGGAGUCCUUCAUUGCUCGCUGCUAUGGUGUUCUGGAAGCGCGCAGUGAUGCCAAAGACCGCUGGGACACGGCGAAGCGCCAUUUCCAGAAGUCUUUGAAGCACCUCCAAUCAAACGCCAACACCUUGUAUCUCCUCGGCAUGGCCGCGCUGGAACUUGGCAAGUGUGGAGACGCUGUCAGCUUCAUGAGCAGGAGCUUGCUUCUGGAUCCGGAUUUCCGAGCCCCGUAUGUGAAUCUCGGGGUGGCCUACCUCCGGAUGAAGUUAUUCGAGGAGGCCAUACACAUCAGUGAGGCGUGCUUGGAUCGGCAUCCAUCUUCACCUCAGUGCCAGUAUCACAUCGGCGUGGCUGCUUGCCAGUUGGCUCUGCUCAUCGAAGCGCGUGGCAAGGGCGGCGCGGAGCUUCCCCUGGCGGAGAAGAUGCUUUAUGAACACCUGAGACGUCGUGCCACGGAGUGCCUAUCCACGGCCCAAAGCAGCGAGGAAGGCCAGAAGCGGAAACCUCAAGGGAACCUUCGCUUGCCGGAGCCUCCGUGGCUGGAGGUGGACUCGCUGAUGCUGCAGGCAAUGGCUGUGGAUGGCCUGAGCCGCACGGGAGGCUAUCGCCAGGAGACGCAGCCUCUCCGGGAGUUUCGGCUGCCGCCCACGGUGGGCUGGAGGAUCUUCGGUUGGCGGACGUGACGAGUCCACAAAGCAAGAUGGAACCCCGAAAGAAGACCC